CUGUGAUAUGAAGACGAGAGGUGGAGGCUGGACCGUGCUGCAGCAUCGUAGAGACGGAGCUGUGGAUUUCCACCGUGGAUGGAAGGAUUAAAGAUGGGUUUUGGGGAUCCCUCGGGAGAGUACUGGGCAGGAAAUGACCUCAUCCACCUGCUGACCAGCUCCCAAGAGUACAGUCUCCAGGUGCAGCUGAAGGAUGCUGAGGGGAACGAAGCUUACUCCCACUACAAUCACUUCUAUAUAGACGCAGAGAACAAAAACUACAGUCUCCAUGCCCAGGGAUUCAGUGGUAGUGCUGGCCGCACCAGUAGUCUGACCCAGCCUGGGACCCAGUUCAGCACCAAGGACCGAGACAACGACCGCUGCUCCUGCAAGUGUGCCCAGAUGGCUUCUGGAGGUUGGUGGUUUGAGGCGUGUGGUCCCUCCAACCUGAACGGUAUCUACUACGCUGGCGUCUCCAACGUGGUCCGUUACAACGGCAUCAAGUGGUACUACUGGAAGGGACCGAGCCUCAUGACUACCGUGACGACCAUGAUGGUUCGACCCGCAGGCUUCUGAGGCAUAACGGCUGCUACCGUGACGACCAUGAUGGUUCGACCCGCAGGCUUCUGAGGCAUAACGCCGGCGAUCGCCGAUGACGUCAGCGGGAAGCGACUGAUGACAUCACCCUGACUGACUAAAUUACUGACUGAUGAGCGAUUCUCGAAUAAUGACGUUUGACAGAAAUACGGAAUGUGAUAUUUGAGUGGAGAUUUUUUAGACGUUUUUUUUCUGAAAUGUUUCCCGCUGAAAUGGCGCAGUGGCAUACACCGUAAAUGUGUGUUUUAUAAUGUGAUUGUACAUAUAUUGUGGAUGCAUAAUGGUAUUGUCACGCCCUGACUUUAGUUAUAUUUGCUUUCUUUAUUAUUUGGUUAGGUCAGGGUGUGACAAGGGUG